AUGCUCCAGUUUGCCGCGAUUUCGGCCCUUCUUUUGUUGGCUGCGGCCGACAAAACCCCAGUGAAAGAGCCCUUCUGCCGACCGAAUCAGGUGGUCAACAAGGUCACCGUCUUCGACGACGGCGCCAUCGAAGCCGAAUGUGGGCCAAUUCCGUGUGGCCAAAGCGGCGCCCAGUGCUCGGAUGAUCUACCGCACUGCAAAAGCGAGGCCGACAAUGUCUUCAGCGGCAUGAGGUGGAGCAAGAACGGACAGAGGUAGGGAGAAGCGGAGGAUAGGAGGAAUAGAAUUUGUGGUAAAAUACGGUAACUUCUUCAGUUUGAAGAUUAGAUAGAAAAAUAUAGACAAAAUUCAAUAUUAUCUGAAUAACUGAAUUCGAAAGGCCAGACGACCGAUCAAGCCGAGGGCUCAAGAGUCAAGUGAUUUAUUCAGUGGAAAGGAGGCCUUUUUAUAGGAAUCCCCACGAAUAAAAGUGCAAUAAAAUUUGAAUAGUUGAAGCCAGUUUCUCGUGGGAAAAUCCUUGAAGUUCGGAAAAGUAAAAUUUCCGAUAUUUUUUUGAAAUUUUGUUAAAAAGUUUAGGCCAAUGUCAAAAUAUUCGCUCGGGUUACGCAGUGAGCAAGCUACAACUUUCAUCUUUGAAGCCUCUUCUGUGGUAAUUUUCAUUCAAAAAAUGGGUCUUAAAGUUUGUAAAAUACGAUCGUUCCAUACCAUGAAAAAAUGUAUGUAAGGAGAGUAUUUUACCCAGAUACCUCAUUGCCAAAAAAAUCCCUUUUCCACCUGUACUUUUUAUUUUUAAUCCAUUUCCAGCAUUCUCCUCCGCUGCUGUUCCAUCAACGUUCCAAACAAAGUCUACGUCGGAACCGACCUCGUCUCCACCGGCUCCUACUACACCGGCGGUCUCGUGGGCAAGAAGGACAUGUUCGGUAAAGCCGGCCCCGAAUUCGACUACGUCUCCAACAUCCGCGCCGAGCAAGGCGGUGUCCGCAUCUGGGUCUACCGCAUCAUGUGUCCCGUCGAGGAGACCAAACGUCCCGAAUUCCCCCCUCAGCCCGAGCCCCAAAGGGCGGCGUUGAGCGCGGAGCAGCGACGCCAGAACGUCUUGCAGCAACUCAACCAACAAUCCGAGGUCGGAGCGUCGGUGGACGCGCCCGUCGAGGAGGAGCCCGCAAAUCCUCUGCAGUACCGCCCACCCGCCCGCAUGGCCAGACAGAAGGACAGCCCCAUGCACGCGUCUCGACGAGUUUUGUAG